UUCCUGAUUGGCUGCCUGGACACCGCGUGCGGACAGACUCUUGGCUGAUAAGAGUCCCUUCAGCUGUAAGUGUCUGCUGCCUGUCAGCCUCAGUGUAACUACGUACUGGAUAAAGUGUCGUGUCCACGCGGAAAGGUAAUCAUGGAAUUAUUGAACCGAUACCUGGACAGGAGCAACUCCGUUAGCUCUGUCUCAACUCAUGAGGUUAUCAAGGAGGAGGCCCUGAGAGAUGACCUGAAAUAUUACUUCAUGAGUCCAUGUGAGAAGUACCGGGCCAGACGACAGUUACCCUGGAAGCUGGGGGUGCAGAUCCUAAAAAUCGUCAUGAUCACUACACAACUCAUCCUUUUCGGCCUCAACAACCAGCUGGUUGUGUCCUAUAAGGAGGAGAACACGAUGGCUCUGAAAAACCUUUUUCUGAAGGACUACAGCGGAGCGGACGAGGACGACUACAGUGUCGCUGUCUACAGCCAGGAUAAAGUCUAUGAUAGUCUGUUUUAUGCCCUGGAUCAGUACAGCAAGCUAGGCCGCCUCUCCGUGGGUCCCAUCAGUUACGCUGAGGAUGAUGAUGGCAAGCUGCUUUCUGUUGAAAUCUGUAAGGAGUACUACAAGAGAGGUACUGUGGACCCUUCAGAUGAGGCCUAUGACAUAGAUGCUGAGCUGGAAAGAGUUUGUAUGAAACAUGAUCCAAAGACUGCAAACCUAUGGAAAACCCAGAAUUCAUCCUUUUUUGAUCUGGACUUUUACAGACUUGUUGACAUCAAAAUAACUUUCCAGCUGAAAGGAAUCAACCUUCAGACAGUGCGUUCAAGAGAGUUACCUGACUGCUACACCUUCUACGUUACGAUAACAUUUGAUAACCAGUGUCACAGUGGAAAAGUGAAAAUCUUCCUGGACACUGACGCUCAGAGCAGUGCUUGUCGAGACUGGAAGAUAUCUGGGACAGCUCAGAAAAACACACAUUAUCUGUUGGUGUUUGACGGCUUCGUCAUCCUUGUUUGCCUGACGUCAGCCGUGCUCUGCUCUCGCUCCAUCGUGCUGGCUGUCAGGUUGCUACAGAGGUUUUCCAGAUUCUUGCAUGACAACUACAAUCGUAAAGUGUGUGAGGAUGACCAGGGAGAGUUUCUGAACGGCUGGUACGUGUUAGUCAUCAUCAGCGACCUCUUGGCCAUAGUUGGAUCCAUACUUAAGAUGGAAAUACAAGCAAAGAGUCUGACCAGCUAUGAUGUGUGCAGUAUCCUUCUGGGAACGUCUACAUUAAUGGUGUGGGUCGGCGUGAUCAGGUACCUGGGAUACUUCCAGAAAUACAAUGUUUUAAUUUUGACCAUGAAAGCAGCCUUCCCUAAAGUCCUCCGUUUCUGCUGCUGUGCUGGCAUGAUCUACCUGGGUUACACCUUCUGUGGCUGGAUUGUCCUGGGGCCGUACCAUGAGAAGUUUGAAGGCCUGAGUCUUGUUGCUGAGUGCCUGUUCUCCCUCCUGAACGGGGAUGACAUGUUCACCACUUUCGCUGAGCUGAAGGACAAAAACACUUUGGUGUGGCUCUUCAGCCGGGCCUACCUCUACUCCUUCAUCUCACUCUUCAUCUACAUGGUGCUGUCUCUGUUCAUCGCACUUAUCACUGAUUCCUACGAGACCAUCAAGAGAUAUCAAAAGGAGGGAUUCCCGUUAACGGACCUUCAGAAGUUCCUCAAAGAACAGAAAGAUUUUCCUGUUUCAGAGGAGAGCAGUCAAACAGACGUCCGGUUCAGACACUCUGUGCUUUGCUGCUGCCAGAGAGCUCCUGAAAAUGAUGACAUCAUACUGAUCAGCUGACAGCUGUCCCAUCUGCAGAUGAAACGACUCAGGGAGGAUGCUGGGAAAGGGACAUCACUUGUCUGAAACAGACUUCAAACUUCAACUAUUUGCUGCAUUUUCCUGAAGAGUUGAAAGUUUUCCAAGUGCAAUACGAACACAAAAAAAGUUCCUCUGUUCAGCGUGGAGAUUAAGAGUUGGAGCUUGGAAAGGAAUGAUUUUGUGUCAGUUUGUGCAGAAGUUCAGGGUACUUGGACAAGUUUACUGGGCAUUUUAAUGGCAUACUCUGCACAUGCCUUAAAGUCAGCUAAAAGCUGAAAUCAUUGUUUCCUGAAUUUGUCUUUUCAUGUAACAACUAAUUAAAUGCAACAUUUUGCCAUGGUGAAUGUAACAUAUUUUUUAAAUGUUGAAAAAAAAUGCAGUAAAGCAAAUAUUUUCAU